CGUCUCUCUGUUUUGUCUCGCGUUGUGUGGACACAGCUGACCGCUGUCUGCUAGGAGAAAUAAACCAGGCUAGGCUAGCAGCCCGGACAGUUAGCAGCCCAGUGAGCAGGGGGACGGUUAGCGCGAACUCAGCGGCACCGCGGAGACAGGACCCGGAGCGAGUCUCCUUGUUCCCCCCCCCCCCCCCGCCGGCAAUGCAAACACCGAGUGUCGCAGCUAGCUAACGUUAGCACCGUCCCGACGGACGAUGGCAAAACCGAGGCAACGAUAAGACGAGACAAGACGACAUCAACAGCGAAAAGGGGGGUUAGCUUAGUUUCAAUGUUAUUGUUAAUUGAGAAGCGCACACAGUCACAAUGUCCUACUCUGGCAACCUGGUUUGGGAUGUAAACAAACGCCUAAUUGGAUACAACGAGCCCAACACCAUCAGGACCAACUACUUAGGUAGAAGAGAAUUUGUCCAGCGGCUGAAACUUGAAGGGACACUGAAUGUACAUGAUGGCUGUGUCAACACUAUAUCCUGGAACGACACAGGAGAGUACCUCCUGUCGGGGUCAGACGACACCUUUUUGGUUAUUUCGAACCCGUACAACAAGAAGGUCAAGAAGUCAAUACGUUCAGGUCAUCGGGCAAAUAUCUUCAGUGCGAAGUUCAUGCCCCACACCAACGAUCAGGAGAUCAUCUCCUGCUCCGGAGACGGCAUCAUCUACUACACCAACACGGAGAAGAGUCCCGAGUACAACAGACAAUGUCAGUUCACCUGCCACUACGGAACAGCGUAUGAGAUUAUGACGGUACCAAAUGACCCCUACACGUUUCUGUCGUGUGGGGAGGACGGCACGGUGCGAUGGUUCGAUCUUCGCACGAAGACGAGCUGCACUAAAGAAGACUGCAAAGAUGACAUUCUGAUUAACUGUCGGAGGGCGGCGACUUCUAUAUCCAUUUCCCCUCUGGUGCCGUAUUAUCUGGCCGUGGGCUGCUCCGACAGCUCCGUGCGAAUCUACGACAGACGCAUGCUGGGAACCAGAGCGACAGGUAACUACACAGGGCGUGGGACGACAGGCAUGUGCGUCCGCUUUGUCCCCGCUCACCUGUCCAACAAGUCGUGCAGGGUGACGUCUCUCUGCUACAGCGAGGACGGGCAAGAGGUGCUGGUCAGCUACUCUUCGGAUUACAUCUACCUGUUCAAUCCCAGAGAUGACCAGGCCCGAGAGCUGAAGGGCCCGUCUGAGGAGAGGAGGGAGGAGUGUGUGUGUAUGUGUGUGUGUGUGUGUUUCCCCCAGCUGAGGCAGCCUCCAGUGAAGCGCCUCCGACUACGUGGUGACUGGUCUGACACUGGCCCCCGAGCUCGUCCUGAGAGCGAGAGGGAGAGAGACGGGGAACAGAGUCCAAAUGUAUCUCUGAUGCAGAGGAUGUCGGACAUGUUGUCCCGGUGGUUUGAGGAGGCCAGCGAGGCUCAGAGCAGCAGAGGAACCCGACCACAGACGCGACCCAGAGGAACAGCCGUCCGUCCAGAGGCUGCGUCCAAUACUCCAGCUACCCCUGCAGGAGAAUCCAGUCAGGAGUCCAGUGCCACUGAGGGGCCUGUGGGGACAGACACUCCAGAGGAGCCUGCUGCCUCCGCAACCGCAACCGCCAAUGCUGCCGCCGCCGCUGCCCCCAUGCCCAAGUCCACUUCCUCCUCCUCCUUAGGCUCAUCGUCAGCUGUCACAGCACCUCCUCCUUCUAGCUCCUCGUCAGUGGAGAGUUCAGCUCCUCCCACCUCCCCCCUCACCUCCUCCCCUGACUCUGAGCAGAGGAGUCAGGCCAACACAACUAGGACUCCGACAACGGCGACGACCACAUCCACCUCAGAACCUGCUCUCUCAGAGUACGGUCCUCACCGGCUGCCCAUAAGUUUAGUGUGUAGGCGUUUGCAGAGGUUACUCCGGCUGGCCGACCCCCCGGGACAGGGUCAGCGGGCGGCCCCUUCUUCUUCUUCUCCUUCUGCAGCCGCUGAGAGACAAUCACAGAGAGCUGCUACCUCUGCUGCCGAGACUCGACCCCGUACAGAUUCCCCCUCAUCUGUGGUAAACAAACAGCUGGGAUCCAUGACUCUUGAUGAACAGCAGGGAGGAGCAGAGGCUGCAGGUUCACCUCCUGAUCAAUCUGCACCAGCCACCAGCAGCAGCGCUCCCACCACCUCCUCCUCCUCCUCCUCCACCUCCUCCUCCACGGCCGGCACCAGUCGACCCAGUGCAGCAGAGCCCGUCCUCAGCCUACACUACAGCUCAGAGGGAACCACCACCAGCACCAUCAAGCUGGACUUCACCGAUGAGUGGAGCAGCACGUCUGGCUCGAUGGGCAGCGGAGCUCGCAAAACAUCUGAGGCCGUGGCCGCGCAGAGCAGAGCGAGUGUGUCGACGGAGAGCUCCGUGUCAGAGCAAGCUCCCUCCCAGGCCCCGAGGCAGCAGAGUGUGUCGGCCGCCUCCACAGAGCCCCGGUGUGACGCCGCGUCCUGCAGCUCGGCGGCGGAGGGCUCCUCGUCUUCGCCGCCGGAGAGGAGUCAGCCGGAGGGUACGGAGGACACGUCGGGAGGCUGCAGGAGGGCGGAGCCCACCGUGGAGAGCCCCUGUGGCCCGCCAGAGUGGGAGGGCCAGAGUCAGCCGGCACGGGCCAAUCAGGACUCUGAUGAUAGCGACGACGAUCCCAUCCUCAUCCCGUCGGCGAGGCUCAGAGGACAGGGACAGAGAUUAAGUACCAGAGGAUCUGCAGUAGGAGAUAGGAUGAUCAGACGCUCAGCGGCAGCUCGUAUCCAGGAGCUGUUUCGCAGGAGGAAAGAAAGAAGGGAGAUGGAGGAGAGCGAGACCCAGAAUAUCAGGAGGCCGUCAGUCAAGAUGGUGUACAAGGGCCACCGCAACUCCAGGACGAUGAUAAAGGAGUCGUGUUUCUGGGGCAACAACUUUGUGAUGAGUGGCUCAGACUGCGGCCACAUCUUCAUCUGGGACAGACACACCGCCGAGCACCUGAUGCUGCUCGAGGCCGACAACCACGUGGUCAACUGCCUGCAGCCGCACCCCUACGACCCCAUUCUGGCUUCUUCAGGGAUAGACUACGAUAUCAAGAUUUGGUCGCCGCUGGAAGAGUCGCCAUCGUUCAACAGAGUCCUCGCUUACGAGGUAAUAACUCGGAACGAGCUGAUGCUAGAGGAAACAAGAAACACAAUCACAGUUCCCGCCUCUUUCAUGCUCCGAAUGUUGGCCUCCCUUAACCACAUCAGAUCAGAUCGAAUAGAGGGCGACCGCUCCGAAGGUUCUGGUCAGGAAACUGAGGACUAGCAGAAGCCUGCUGGGAUUUUAUUUUACAGAAAAAUACCUUUUCUUCUUGCUGUAUAGCACUUGAAAAAAACAACCCUGAGAUUUGUACAAGUAUAGUGUAGAAUACUUCCUUUUGGAAAUUAGUAUAAUUUCUUGCCCCUCUCCCCCCCUUGUGUUUUUUUUAAAGAUGACUUUCUUACUGAUGUUUCUGUACGAGGACAAACUACAUCUGUGUGAAUGCGAAAGGCAAGGACGUCAGUAUAUACAGUAUAUAUAUAUAUAUAUAUAUUUUGUGUGAGAAUAAUGGCGGCUGGUGUGCAAGGAUGUUUAAGUGCAAUAUUAUUUUGUUAGGCGAGAGAGAGAGAGAGAGAGAGAGAGAGAGUGAGCUUUGAUCAGUGUUAACGUGUGGCAUUUUGAAUUUGUAGCACAAAAAAGGUAAGAAAAUGUUGAUGUGCUGUUCCGGCAGUGACGCAUGUGAACAAUGAGUUUAAGUAAAACACAUUUUGAAAAAUGCUUCAAUUUUGUUGUUAAAGAGAGAGAAAAUGAAACAGCUGUGGUUCUUUUCCUCAAAGGGUCAUGUCAUCUAAAUUAUUAUUUUUUACAAAAUUUGGAAAAAAUAAAGCUAAUGGAAUCUCAAA